AUGUAUUGUUGUUAUUGUGAUUGUAUUGUCGCCCCAUAUCUUCAAUGGCUGGAAGACAGCGCUUACGAACCGGUCUGUGGUCUCUGUAGACAAGACCUGUCAUCGCAGCCGACGAUACGUCUACUCUGUUAUCACAUCUAUCACUUGAGUUGUUUGACACAAUCGGCCAACACUUUGCCGGCGAAUACAGCGCCCGCCGGCUAUACCUGUCCCGCAUGUCUUAAGCCGAUAUUCCCGUCUCAGGCGACCAACAGUCCGGUUGUGUCGGCUCUGCGGCGGACCCUAUCGGACGAGAGUUGGGCCCGCAUUGGACUCGGAAUGCCGUUAAUUGAGUCCUCAAACGACGCCUCCUAUACGGACCUAAACCAGAGCUCACUAUCGAAUCAGUCGCUGGACAUGUCGUCGACAUUCAACUCAUCAGUGCCUCAAGUGAUACAUCACAACCCGACGGCCAACAACUCAUCCAACCAUUCGAUUCCCGUCAAUGUCUCCAAUUAUUCCAACAGCGACACCAACUCUGCGUUCUCUUCCACCCGAACUAACAGCAAAUCGUACGACAAUAACGGUUCCCGAAAGUCGCUGCUCGACAUCGAUGAGGACAAGUAUCGGCGCAAAUCGCCGAUGGAGUUCCUGUCGCGAUGGUUACGAUCCCACUCGACGUUUUCCAACCGGCGAAACCUCCCGACCUUUACAUACCGGCCCCUAAUUGUGAUCGGAAUUCUAGUAUUCAUAGGAUUGUGUACUUUAGUGCACUAUUUCCUCAAGUUUGGCCGCGAGAGCGCCGACAGCGACCCUCUGCUCGACCCCCGAUUCAAUCCCAAUAUACGCAACGAACACAUGGAUAGGUAA